UGCGCAGCGGACACGAAUCACGAUACAACCAAAACAUUUGUGAGUAGCGCCUAGUGUUGAUAGAAACAAAACAUCUGUCAGUAAUGCAGAGGGAUGGCCUCCUUCAACUGGAAGCGUAAGGUGGGGGAAAGAGUUUCCAAGACGACAGUGCAGAAGUUUGAACAGGACUCAGAGCAGGUGGAAGAUGAUGACACAGAGAAGGAGGGAGUUGAUUGGCUGCAUGCGAUCAAGCGACGGCGAGAGGUGCUGCUGGAGGAUUGUGCCGCUAAGAGCAAGAGACUAAAGGAUGAGGGCACUUUACUCGCUGAGCAGGGCAGGAACUGGGAGGCUUUGAAGAAGUGGGAUGAAGCGCUUCAGCUCACACCAGACGACGCUGUGCUGUAUGAGAUGAAGUCACAGGUGUUAAUCAUCCUCCAAGAGGUGUUCCUGGCUGUGCAGUCUGCGGAGAUGUCAACCAAACUCCGACCCCUCUGGUGGGAGGCGUGGCAAACUUUGGGCCGCGCCCAGCUUAAUCUCGGCGAAAUGGAACUAGCUGUACGAUCUUUUCAAGUGGCGUUGCACCUUCAUCCAUCUGAGCGUCCCCUAUGGGAGGAGGACUUAGGCUGGGCAGUACAACUCCGUGAGCAGAAACAAGCUCUCCUGAAAAGAGAAAAACAGGCAGAUGAAGCCCAAAAGCUGGUUAUGGAAGCCCCCGAACUGAAAAACGAGUAUGAUUUUGAAAGCGAUGAAGUGAUUGAGGCUUGCACAGCCAUGGCGGAGAAACAAAAAAAAUAUGAGGACUUAAAGAAAACAGCGGUUGUCGUGGACACGCACGGGGUGGCGAAGGAAGUGGCUGUCGAGGAUGACAACAAACCCACUUCAUCCACAGCAAGCAUUUUGGUCAAGGCAAGAGGACUCUAAAAAGAGAGACAUUGUGUGUAUUUUGUUUAAAAUAUUCAGUAUUGACUGUUUGUUUUGGAUGGAUUCUCAUACUGUACAGUGUAUAAAAUAGUUAAUACUUUGAGAGUUGGUGGUUUGCUUGUGUAGGGAGUACUAAAUGCUCUCUCAACAUCAGAAAGGACCGUUUUCACUUAAACAGCAUGAAUUUCUUCAUUUUAAGUUCAGUUUAGAUUCCCAAACUAGCAUAAAAGUCCUUUCUCAAUGUACAUUGUUGUUGGAGAUGUCAUUAUCUCCAGUCAGCCUUGCUUUAGUCCCAUUUUAUGAGAGUCCCCACUCAGGACUGAAACAUCAUUAAAGCAGCAAGAAACUCUGUUACACACAUGCAUGCUCAUAAAACAACUCACAUUUGGUCCAUUAACUUGCACUGUAAAAGUGAAAAGUUGGAUCAAGUUAAAAAAAAAACAUCAGGGUUUUUUAAUUCCCCAGUAACAUGGGCUGUUUAUAAGAUUUGCACCAAAUAAUACCUUAAACUGAACUUUCACAACAAAAAUAUUUAAGGAUUCUUUAGUUUUGUUAAUCUUGGUUUAAGUAAUUUGCUUGUGUUGUUCUAUCAUCCGAUCCACACAGUUUUUAUUUUAUUAAACAAUGAUGAUAACCCUAAAAAUAUGUAUAUCUUCAUAAUUGGCAGUUCAGCUUCCACUGUCAUUCAAAUUCGCAUUGAUGCUCUCCAUAUGUGUGCAUGUGCCAUCAACCAAAUGGUUUUUAUUUAGCACCUUUGGGACUAAGGGAGGAAGCUAGCAGCAUCCUUCUGUCUCCCUCCAGUAUAAUCACUUUCUACGUUUUCUUUAUUUAAAUAAAUGAGGAUACUAACGUCUUUGCUAAUGGUGAUUUAAGGAGAUGCCCGACACGCUGACACGACCUGUGUACUGUUCUCUCAAAUAAAACAGUUUGUCAAUUGACAUUUAUUUAAACGUGCCGUAAGAUACCAGGACAGGUGCCAGAAUUUACGUCAUAGCAAGCGUGCAAAUAAAUGAUUCAUGCCGAGAAGAAAUUUGUGAAGAGUUUAACUCAUUUUACAUAAUAAACCUAAUGCAAUUAGGAGACGUCUACAGUCUAUGAAUGUCUCUGACAUGGAUCUGUCCAUGCUGCCAUAGGUCACUGCGUACAGAUCCUCUGCUCUGGCUCAUGAAUCACUGGAUAGAUUUACCGUAGUGGUUAUAACAAAGCAAAAUAAAAGGAAUGACAGAGUUGAUGUAUUAUGUAGUUAAAAUUAAAAGGGGAACAUUGUCGAAAAGAAACAUUGCACAGAAUGUUACAAACUGGCUCUUUUUCAUUCUGUUGGUAUAAAGAGCAACCUGUUCCUCAAACUUCCUUUUGUGUUAUAUCGAAGAAAGUUUUAUAGGUUUAACCUUGAAUGACACAAUGGUUAGUA